AAAAGAUAGAUAUUGACAGAUUUAUUUGUUUUAUUCAAUAAAAUUGGUAUUUUUUUUGGCAGAAAUGGCAUGCCUAAACUCGAAAUGAUUAGUAACAGAACUACAGGACCUGGAAUGAUAAAGUUUGGCGUGAGAUUACCGGUAAAGGUGUUUGUGUUGAACGAAGAAGAAGUACCAUCGUUGACAUCUCAUGGUUCUUACGCUAUACCUGUUAGUUUAGAGUUCAAUUAUAGACGUCAAAUAACAAUAAGAAAUAUUGAGAACGAUGCUGAUGCCAGGAUGAUUGUUCCUGAAAAAAGAAAAUGCAGAUAUGCCGACGAAAAUAUUUUACAUGUUUAUCCUUAUUACUCAUACACCGCGUGCACAGUGCAAUGCCGAAAGGAUGCCCAAUUAAGUCUAUGUAAUUGCACAAAUUUCUUCAUGCCUACUACAAAAGAAUCAGAUAAGUGUAACGUAACUGGAAUUGUAUGCCUCAAUGAUAAUCUACACUUGCUAUCCGUUCUUAAAGCACGCUGGUCAUCGCGACCAGGAUUAUAUUGCGAUUGUUUACCAUCUUGUACUGAAGCCGAAAUAUCUAUAGUUAAGGAUUUUAAAAUACCGAAUGAUCAAAAAAUAUCUACUGUCCAGAUAGAGCUGUCGACGUUACCGAGUGAGAAAUAUAGACGAAAUGUUGUUCGAGGUGUGCUUGAUUUAGUUGUGUCAACAGGAGGAACGGGCGGAUUAUUUCUCGGCGCAAGCUUAUUGAGUUUCGUAGAGUUGCUAUAUAUUCUGCUUUUAAGACCAUUUUGCGAUAUGUACACUCGGCGAAAUGAUGAUCGAUGGCAUAGAAAGUAUGGAAACCGACGCAUUGAAGAUAACCAAUUUAAUCGUAAAAAUAUUAAAAUUGCAUUUAAUAAAAAGUAGGAGAGUGACAACAAAAAAAAAUGUUCUUAUAGAUUUGAUCGAUGAAAGAACAAAGUAAAAUGAACAAAACUGUAAAACCAAUAUGUUUAUUCUAAUGCAGCAUUUUAAAGACAGUAUUUCUGUAUAAUUUCUUCUAAUAUAUUUAAGACUUUGUUUUUGUAAUCACUA